AUGGCCCCCCUGUUGGAUAUAGAACCUGAUUCGCCUUUUGCCAGUGGAUUUCUUGACCUGAAGCAGGCCACGGUCGCCAUCAGCGAUGUACAGAUACCUAAUGGUUUUCCCGAUCAGGUUGAGAACCGCCAAAAUGGACAUAUCGAACACGUAACGCCGCUCACCAAUCAGACGGAGUCCUUUUAUAUUGUGAGAGAGGUAUCCAUGGGCACGAGAAAGCCUAUCCGUGUCGUGUGCCUCGGGGCAGGCUACUCGGGAAUAAUGAUGGGUAUUGUAUAUGCGCAGCGCAUGACCGAGAUGAACGUGGACUUUUGCAUUUAUGAGAAGAAUGCCGACAUGGGUGGGACCUGGUUGGAGAAUAGGUAUCCAGGCUGCCAAUGCGACAUUCCUGCACAUAACUACUCCUACUCUUUUGAGCCCAACCCCAACUGGCCCAAUUACUACGCCACCUCGCGGCAGAUUCAUGAUUAUAUGAAGUAUGUGAUGGAGAAGUACGACGUGGAGAAAUACAUCCACACCUCCCACCAGAUCCUAAAGGCAGCCUGGAACUCAGAGCAAGGGCGCUGGGAUCUUAGAGUUAGGAGGCCCAACGGAGAAGAAUUCGACGAUCACUGCGAGGUGUUUAUCAAUGCUGGGGGCUUGCUCAACAACUGGAAGUGGCCAACAAUCCCCGGUAUUGGAGAGUUCGAAGGAAAAUUGAUGCAUUCAGCCGGCUGGGAUGAGUCUUACGAUCUCACCGGCAAACGCGUUGCUGUCAUUGGGAUCGGAUCAUCGGGUAUACAGAUCGUCCCCAAAGUCGUAAAAGAUGUGGACAAGUUGACCGUCUUCCUCCGCUCUAAAACCUGGAUUUCCCCUGGCCCAGGUAUCAACGAACCUGUGGACGACGAUCCGAAGAUGGAUUCACGCUACAACUACACGGCCGACGAGAUCUCUCGUUUCAACAGCGACCCGGAGUACCUCAAGCAACACCGACGCAAUCUGGCCGACCGACGCGCCAAGAUCUUCGACCGCGCAAUCAAGACCAGUGAUCUCCAGUCUAGAGCGCAAGUCGUUUUCCGCGGCACCAUGAAAGAGCGCCUAGGAGACACCGAAAAGGGGCGCAGAAUUGCGGAAAUACUUAUCCCUGAUUUCCCGAUCGGGUGCAGGAGACAGACGCCCGGCAUCGGCUUCUUGGAGAGCUUGGUGAGGCCCAAUGUCGAGGUGAUACAGGAUGGGAUCGUGAGGGUCACCAAGGAAGGGAUUGUAUGUAAGGAUGGGGAGAAGAGGAGCUUGGACGUCAUCAUUUGCGCCACGGGGUUCGAUACGACCUUCAAACCUCGAAUUCCAAUCGUCGGCCAAAAUGGGUUAGAUUUGCGGCGGAAAUGGGACCAGGAAGACCCAGAGGCAUAUUUUGGGAUUGCGGUGCCUGGAUUCCCGAACUAUUUUUCCUUCCUCGGCCCCAACAGUCCCAUCUCCAACGGCACGCUCGUCGGCGGUCUCCAGAUGACGGCCGUGUACAUCUACAAAGCCAUCUCCAAAUUGCAGACCCAGUCCAUCAAAUCUCUAGCCAUCAAGCCCGAGGUGGUGCGCGACUACAACAUCCACUGCCACAAGUGGCUCGAGCGCAGCGUCUGGACAGCCCCCUGCGCGAGCUGGUACAAGCGCGGAACCAAGGACGGGAAGGUGGUCGCCAUCUACGCGGGCACCAGCUACCACUUCAUGGAGGCGCUCCGCGAGCCCCGCUGGGAGGACUACGAGUACGAGUACGAGGUCGACGCCGGCGGCGUGGGCAGGAACCGCUUCGCGUACCUGGGCAACGGACAUACUGUGGAUGAGGAGCACGGGGAGAAUAUGGCGAAGAUCCAGACGUUGGAUUUUGACGAGUACUGGGAUAUUGUGGCGUAG